GAACCGCCUAUAAGAGAGGUGAAAACGAGUAGUCGUUUGCCGUUUCCCUGCGUUAUCGUUCCUUUUCGUUUUCGAUUGAUAAUAUAUUUUUACUUGGAAGCCACGCCACAAGCUUCAAUUGGUGCAAGAAAACUACCAGUCUUGCAUAUUUACCUACAGCGUUCUAUUAGAUUUGCCCGCUGCGCUCUCCAAUUGCAUUAAGUUUUUGUCUGUGUUAGACUAUUAGUACGGAGUAUUGUGUAGUUUAGAUCGUCAUCAUCAGAAUUUUAGUAAUUCCCCGACUCGGAUUCCUCAAGAUAGUUAAGAUUUGCAGUUGCUGCAGUCUCUCUUCGUUUUCAUUUUAAUCAACUGAUUGUGUAAGUUUGAUACUUAAAUUGGCUUUGCAAACCGUCCGUUAACUUGUAAGGUAUUUGAAGUUGGCUUGUCAAUCUCCACAUCAAUGUGUUAACUGUAGAAUGAAUGCGUUUUCCCUACCCCUGGCUUUUUCAGAUUUUGGCAGUGCAAGUGAUAUGAGCUUGGUCAGAUGACCACCAUGUCAAGUAAAUAGAGCCUCACCAUGUGGCAUGUUGGAAUUUCCUUAACUUGGUGGAAAUUGGAAUGGAAAAGCAAAGAACAGAUGACCAUGAACCAGGGCCUCUCCCUUCACCAAAAAAAUUGGACAGAUUUGGCUUUGUAAAGCAAGAGCUUAACAAUUCUCCUGAAGGCUUUACCAAGGGCAGGUCAGCCUGUGAAUUUGGAAGGGAGGAAAGAAGAAUAAGGAAAUGGAGGAAGAUGAUCGGAGUUGGAGGAAGCGAUUGGAAGCAUUAUGUUAGGAGGAAAUCUCAUGUGGUUAAGAGACGUAUAAGGAAGGGAAUUCCAGAUUGUUUAAGGGGUCUUGUUUGGCAGCUGAUCUCUGGAAGCAGAGACCUUCUGUUGAUGAAUCCUGGGGUUUAUGAGCAAUUAGUCAUAUAUGAGACAUCAGCAUCAGAGCUGGAUAUAAUUCGAGAUAUUUCUCGCACCUUCCCUUCACAUGUUUUCUUCCAGCAGAGACACGGACCUGGUCAAAGGUCUCUCUACAAUGUUUUGAAGGCUUACUCAGUCUUUGAUAGAGAAGUUGGAUAUGUUCAGGGAAUGGGUUUCAUAGCUGGUUUAUUGCUUCUCUAUAUGAGUGAAGAGGAUGCGUUUUGGUUGUUGGUUGCAUUACUGAAAGGAGCUGUCCAUGCUCCAAUGGAAGGCUUAUAUCAGGCGGGACUGCCCCUUGUACAACAGUAUCUUUUUCAGUUUGAUCAGCUAGUGAAGGAGCAUAUGCCAAAGCUGGGAGAGCAUUUCACCCGAGAAAUGAUAAAUCCGAGCAUGUAUGCAAGUCAGUGGUUUAUAACUGUUUUCUCUUACUCUUUCCCAUUCCAUUUGGCUCUUCGAAUUUGGGACGUGUUUCUAUAUGAGGGAGUUAAAAUUGUUUUUAAAGUGGGUUUGGCUUUGUUGAAAUAUUGCCAUGAUGACUUGGUAAAAUUACCCUUCGAGAAACUCAUACAUGCUUUGCGCAACUUUCCUGAGGAUGCAUUGGAUCCGGAUACAUUAUUACCAAUGGCUUACACGUUCAAGGUCUCCAAGCGAUUGGAGGAACUGAAACUAGAGUAUGACAAGAAGAUCGGAAAGAUAGUUCAACCUCCAGAAUCUGGUGGAAACCAGAAACAGUAGCAAUGAAGAUUUUUUCCCCUUCUUUGGAGUCGUCUUUCCUUUGUAGAUCUUGAAGUGUGAUCGAAAGUUGCUUCUAUCAUGGAUGAUUGGUCAUGUAUGAAAAUGUUUGUCAAAUCAUGUGUUUUGAGCAAACCUGUUAUUAGGGAAAAAAAAAAGGUGUAUCCAGUGAUCUCCCUUUAGGUUGGCAUUCUUGAUUUGAGGUGGUGCUGAUAAGGAUAGCGAACAAGCAACAAACAUGAUGACUAGACAGUACAAGUAUUUUAGUAUUGGCUUAUAGUAGGAGGAUUGUUUGUCAUGGAUCUCUGCGCAGUUAAUUGAAUAUAAAUAUAUAGGUUUCAGUAAACGGAAGUUUGUUAUGCAA